GUACUGCACUACCGGUAGUUAUUAUAAAAUAUUCAAUUUCUUAAAACAAUCAUGUAUUAUUAGUCGUUACAGAAUUAUUUGCACAACUGUAAAACGACAAUCGGCAAACUACAUUAUUAUUUAAAUAUAAAUUUAGGGUGCAGUAGUUAUGUGUGCUGAAAUGUCUCGCUUAGUAUUUUAUUCAGUAUUCAUAUUUUUUAUGAUAAAAAGUGUUACGAGUUUAGGUGAAAUAAUAUAUGCCAUAAAUGCUGGAGGGCCUGCUCAUACCGAUAUAUAUGGUAUACAUUACGAAAAAGACCCUUUACAAGGAAGAAUUGGAACUGCCUCUAACUAUGGAAAACAAUUGGUAAUGAUCGGUAGAGUGAAUCAAAAGGACGAAAUUCUAUAUCAGACUGAGAGAUACCAUCACAGCACAUUCGGUUACGACAUUCCAGCGAACAAUGACGGUGAUUACGUGCUAGUGUUAAAAUUCAGUGAAGUGUACUUUAAUGCGCCUAACAUGAAAGUUUUUGAUGUAGUGUUGAAUGGUGACCAUACCAUAGUGGCAGAUUUAGACAUUUUUGACAAAGUUGGCAGAGGUGUUGCCCAUGACGAAUUCAUACCAUAUUCUAUUAAAAAUGGUAAAUUAUAUUAUAAUGAGGAAGAGUCUGAUAUCAGAGGAGGUAAAAUUAAAGUGGAAUUCAUUAAGGGUUAUCGGGAUAAUCCAAAAAUUAAUGCUUUGUAUGUCAUGAGAGGUACAAUAGAUGAAGUUCCUAAAUUGCCACCAUUAGUAUGGCCAGAGGCGGAGGUGGAGGAACAGAAAGAAGAAAUAGAAGAGAAGGCCACAAAUCCCCGACGAGCUAGUGGCCCCAAACAACCUGAUCCAUACUCUAUGGAUGAGAGCUCUGUACUUAUCCCAGUAUUCAUUACCAUUGGUGCAUUCAUUCCUCUCUUGUUCUGUCUUUGUAAACUUUAAUCUAAUAAUUUUUUUUGCAUAUUUUGUGUGUUCAUAUAUUAUAUAGUAUGUUCCUUAUUUAUUAUAAUAUUUACUUUACAAAUGAAUAAAAAAUAUUACAAGUAAUUAUAUAAAAAAUAUGCCCAAAUAAAUAAAUAUUUUUUGCACACUUUAAUAGUACAAACUUAUAAUUAAGAUGACAAAGUAAUUCCAACCUACCUGUCCAAAAAUAUUAUAAAUUUUUACACUUCAUGCGCACAAAAAUGUGUAAAUAAAUAUUUUUAGUUAUUAAAUCUUCUUUAUUUAAAAUAAAAUAUUUUUAUGUAUGUUUAAAUAUCCAACACAUAAAUAUUUUUCUUUAUAUAUUGUGACUAGACUGACAAACAUUCAGUAAACAUGAGGAAAAUUGACCUAUUCUUAUUGCAAAAAUAUUGUAUGUGCUAUAUUUAUAUAUUUAAAAAAAUGUUUCUUUUAAUUAGCACUCAUUUAAAAUAGUGCUAAACCAGCUAGUAUUAUAUGUAAAUGCUGUAUGCAAUUAUUAUUAUACAACUGCUGGUAACUAAUAAUUAUGAUUACAAUGCAGAAUGCAUGUUAUUUAAGAACCAAUUAGAUCCGAUAUUAACAUCAAAAUUAUCAUCGAUAUUGACAUAAAAAAGGCAUUAUGCCUGUAACUUUACUAGCUAGUAUCGGUAUGUUUUAGCUCGAAAUAAAAUAUCCAGGUCGAGUAAUCCUCCCAUAGCACAUGGGCUCUCCAACAAAUUUAAAUGUAUGGGCUACAGUGUUUACCACAGCGUAUUUUAGUGUGUUUGCAGUGUAAAAUUAAAAUAAUCAUUCCAUGUAUUGUAAACAAGCUGAUGAAUUUGCCUCCUGUAGAAAUUGGUUGAAUUAUGAGACUCUGAACCAAUCAAUUGAAUAAUAAGCAAAAAUUCAAAUGAAAUGAUGAAAUUUUAUCUGAAUUUCAAUAUUAUAUUAAUAAAAAAUCUAUAUUUUUAAUUGAAAAAUGUUAAGUUUUUCAAACUUACAAAUAUUUUCUUAUAAAAUCUAGAAUAAUUAUUUGCUUCAAUAAUUGACCUGGUUUGUUCAAUUUACUAUUGGUAGGUAAUUAAACCCAACACAUACAUAUGUAUGUUUCUACUUACACUUAAUUAUUAACUCUGUCAUCAUAUUUUAUACAAAUCGUUAAAUAAACAAAAAAUGUGGAACAAAGAAGUUGCUUAUUUCAAUUUUAUACUGGGUAAAUAAUGCUUAGGUAUUGCUUUAUGUUUACCUAUCUUAUUAAAUUAAUAUAAUAAAGACGUUAAUAUUUAAUUUGUAAAUAAAAAAAACGGAUUUUGAAAAUUAUUUCACUAUUCAAAAUUCUAAUAUUUCCAAUUACCGUUAUUAGGCUACAUACUAAUACAUAAAAAACUCGCAGUUAUAUGCACCCAAGCGAAGCCGUUGAGUGCAUAGUAUUAUAUAUGGACUAG